AUGGUCGACCUAGCCUUACAAAAAAAACUUAAAUUCGAAGAUCCAACAACGGUCGAGGAAUUGUUCCUCGAUAACCGGAAAAUUCCCGCAAUCUCAAAUAUAAGUCAACUGCCUCCAGGUCAAAAAGACUUUAUACCUCUAUCAGAAUUCAAAAACCUUGUUUCCCUGUCACUAUGCAAUGUAAAUUUACACUCGCUGGAAAGCUUCCCUAUAUUGCCAAGACUCAAAAAGCUCUCGCUUGGUGACAAUAAAAUUUCUGAAGGUUUGGAAGCGCUAACAAUGGCUAAACUUGAAAGUCUUAACCACCUUGAUUUAAGUAAUAAUAAAAUAAGCGAUACUAAGACACUUGAACUAUUGAAAACACUGCCAAAUUUAAAACAUCUGAAUUUAGUCGAAUGCGAUUCGGAAAAUGAAGAAGAAUUAGAAGCGGACGCUUCUGGGGAAGAAAUUGCUCAAAGCGAUAGCGAAGAAGAAUCGAAUGACGAGCAGGCAAAGUCAAAUAAAAGUAAAGCCCCCCAAAUUUCUGCUGAGACUAUUGAUUCGAAUGAGGAGCAAGCGUCCGAAAGUGAUGAUGUAGAAGAAUUGGAAGUAACCGAUUCCGAACCUUCCAAUGAAAAAGCUUCGUUGGAUAAAGGAAAGGGAGUAGCUCUCCCUCAAGAAGUAGAAUCUCAAAAUGAGGCGGAAGAGGAGGAGGCAGAUGACGGUGACUAUGAUGAGGACCAAUUAAAUCUGGCUUCAUUAAUGGGUCAGGAACUUCCCGCAGAAGAUACAGCAGCAGCAUCAUCCUCAUCGAGUGUAACAUCAAAGCGAAAAGAUAUAAUCGAAGAUGAAGAUAAUACAGAAGAAUAUAAAGAAGUAUUAUUUUAA